AUGUCUAUUCCUCGGCACCUAGCCCUUGAGACGAUCGGUGCCAAGGUGACUCUCAUUCAAGAGCCCCAGGAAGCCUGGUCUUCUAUUAUAAACAAGCAGCCGGCAUAUUCACAUACCUAUCACUCUGUCCCGAUGGGCAUCGUGAACGUUGGCACCACUGGAGAUGCGAUCAAGGUCGACCUGAACUUCUCUGCUGCUUCGACGGCUUCGGAGUUUGCCAUUGCCGUUCGAGCCUCCACUGAUUCCGCCGAGCAGACCCUUGUCGGUUACGACUUCGUCAACAAGCAGACUUUUGCAAGCGUUUACCGCGGUCCCCUCAAACCAGACGUUAACAACAAUGUGCAAUUGAGCAUCUUUGUUGAUCGGUCUCGUGUGGAAGUUUUCGGCGGGCUGGGUGAGACCACCCUGACGGCUCAGAUCUUCCCAAGCAGCGAUGCAAUUCACACACAUCUCGUGUCGACUGGGGGUGCUACUAAGGGCGUCAAUGUUAAAAUCUACAAUAUUACCUCGACUUGGAAGUGA